AUGACCUUUGCCGGGAGAAAAGAAUGCUCCGACACACGUAUACGACUCAUCAGUGAAACCACCUUGUGUACAAUCGAUCGGAAUUUCCUUCCGAUCGGAAUCGACGGUGGUCAGAACGAGCUGGAUGGUUCUGUGAUUACGCAGAAGACAUUAUUCGUAUACCUAGAGUGUUUGGUGAAUAUGGAGAACAAUAUGAACGAGGCAGCUAACAGAUCUAGAACUCUCCUCUCGUAUUAUUCUGUUGUUCCCCUACCGCCCUGCUACGCAGCAGCGUCAUAG